GAACAAUUGAAUGAGUCUUAUUAACUCUUACAUGCUUAUGACUUUCAUUGUCACAAAAGGCAAAAUACCUGCCCUUUGUUCCCCUGAAGAGCUCCAGAGAGCAAGAAGGGUCGUAUAAAUACCAUCAUCCCUCUUCCUGAUUCUCCGAUAGACAAAUACAAACCCCACUUCAUCAUCAUAUCCCUCUUCUUCAGCAUGGAUUUGCUACAAGCUCUCUUCACAUCCGCCGUCCUUGGGACCCUCAUCCCCUUCCUCCUAUGGAUAAUCUUCCAAAAUACCAAUCUCAGCUCCACCAAAGUCAUCCCCUUAUCUGUCAACUUCCAUUUUUCUCGCAAAUGCAACUACGAAUGCGGUUUCUGCUUUCAUACAGAGAAAACAUCCCACGUCGAGUCCUUCGAGAACAUGCAGCGCGGCCUCUGGAUGUUGAAAAAGGCCGGUAUGAGGAAGAUCAACUUCGCUGGAGGCGAACCGCUCCUCUACCCGCGACUUUUGAGUAAAUUGGUUGCUUUCUGCAAGGAGGAAUUGAAGUUAGAGUCGGUAUCGAUCGUGACGAACGGGAGCAAAUUGACGGAGAAGUUCAUGGUGCGGUCUGCGAAGCAUAUUGAUAUCAUUGCCGUUUCGUGCGAUUCCUUCGAUGAGAGUGUCAAUGUCCAGAUUGGUCGUGGGAAGGGGGCGCAUUUGGAGCAAGUACAGGAAGUAGCGCGGUUGUGUCGGAAGUACGGUGUGAAGUUCAAGGUUAAUACGGUCGUUAACCGGUAUAAUGUUCAUGAAGAUAUGAAUGAGCAGAUGAACUCCAUUCAGCCGUUCCGGUGGAAGUGCUUCCAGGUUCUGAUCAUUGAAGGGGAGAAUGAUUCCACGUCUACGAUCCGGGAUGCACGACGGUUCAUGAUCACUGAUGAGGAGUUUCAGCAGUUUUGCGAUAGACAUUCGCAUAACUCGUUCUUCGUUCCGGAGCCGAACGAUGUGAUGCGCAGCUCUUAUUUGAUCCUCGAUGAAUAUAUGCGAUUCCUGAACAAGGGGACCGGCGCGCCGACGGAAUCGAUACUUGAUGUGGGUGCUCAGCGCGCUCUGGAGCAGGUUUACUGGGAUGAAGAGAGCUUCCAGAAGCGCGGGGGGAUCUACGAUUGGUCCAAAGAUAUUGCUGGAGGUGGCUGCACGUCUGAGAAGAAUCCCGCUCUAGAGUUUUGAGCGCUGGUAUUGUGUCGCAUCAUGUGGUUUGGCGCAGUUGGCUGUAAAGGGCUGGUCCCUUCAAAUCUUUGAUAUAUUUCGGGCCUCAUUUUGCUGUUUUUGGUAGACUUCAACACUGGUUAGCCCCUUAGAGCAAUCCUACUUGCUUGAUGUUCAUCCAAAAGAAAUUUAUUACUCUGUUCUAUGUCCCAAUUAUAACACCAAUAGGUCGGACAAGAAAUGAACAAUAGUCCAAUAUUUUUGCGAACCUGCAUAGAAACACUGUGUUCAUUCGAUUCAUGUAUACACACAUGAUCCUUUUCUUUUCAAUUA